AUGAAGACCCUUAAUCGCUACUCCUUUGCGCUUGUCGGGCCAGUUCAAUCGGGAAAGUCAUCCAUCUUCGACUCGCUGACAACACAAAAACCAAGUUCAGUGUAUUCAUUAACAACUACAGACCGUUACGACACCGCGCAGUUCGAGAGCGACAACACAAUCAUUCAAAUUGAGAUAUUGGACACCCCAGGGGUGAGUGUGAAAGAGUCAAUACAACGUGCUUUAUUUGCGACGAUGAGCUGUUUGUGUUUGACCAUUGACGUCUCUUCGAAGAAGUUCGAAACAGAAACAGAUGACACGUUGUGGUGUCUCGGCGAUGUCUUGCGGAAGAGCAGUGCAAAAAGUUAUUCAAGCACUACGAUGUCGUCCGUUUCUGAAGGAGAAGAAAUGAAAUUUGGGAUUCCCGUUCUCUUUAUUGGGACACACGCUGACAUUGCUCAGAAGGAGAACAUCGACAAAUUUCAAAAGAAGAUUAAAGAGUUUGGACUGAGUUGUUUGUUGUGUGAUGCAGUGAACGUCGAGUCCGUCACAGACCUUUUCGAUGAGAUCUUAGACUUGAAGUUUGUUCGUCCACAAAAGACUGAAACUUUUGUCGUACAGAACUCUAAGGUAAAGAAACAAAAGAAGGCGAAGAAUUGUGUUAUUGUGUAA